AAUCGGGCAUAGUUAUUGCUAUCGUGCGUGUUAAAAUUCCCUAAAAAACAGAAUAAAUCGCUUAUUAUUUGACUUUCGGACCUUUUGGAGGCAAAACAACUUGUAACACAGAGUGCCAAACAGUUACAAAACACAUCAGUUCGAGCCGCAACUACGUUCUUCGGAUGAAUUUUGCAUGGGAAAUAAAUAAAAAUUAAAAAUUCACACGCGAGUGAGAAGAAAUUAAAAUAAAUAUCUAGUGAAAAAUUAAUCACUACAAAGAAAUGAAGUUGAAAAGUUGUUGAAAUAUUAAAUUAUUAGUUUUGAAGUAGCAGAAGUGACAGAAAAUGGAUAAAUUCGCAUCACAUCGGACCCGUAACUAAUGUAAAAAGUGUCAACAAAAAAUAAAGAAACAAAGAAAAAUAUUUAUAAAUUAAAAAGAAAGAAAAAAGAAGGAAGAGAAAAAAAAUUAUAGAAAAAAAAUAACAAAAAUUAAGAAAUGAUGAUGAAUGUUAGUCCGCAUAGUGGGCCAGGGCCACCGCCUUUCCAUCGACAAUGCUCAGAUAAAUCUGUAACUGGGUCAUCGUGUCGUGCAUUAAAGACCGCUGUCUCAGCACUUUAUUCCGUGGAUGAUUUUUCACGUGAGAAAAUUGGUUGUGGAUUUUUUUCAGAAGUUUAUAAGGUCACACACCGGACAACUGGCGAAGUGAUGGUCCUUAAAAUGAAUCAGCUGCGAUCGAAUCGGCCUAACAUGCUGCGCGAAGUGCAAUUGCUCAAUAAAUUAUCGCAUCCCAAUAUCUUGAGGUUCAUGGGAGUUUGUGUGCAAGAAGGCCAGUUACAUGCGUUGACGGAAUACAUCGAGGAGGGUUCUUUGGAGCAGCUAAUACAGAAUCAGUCGAUCGUGCUAACGCCCCAGAUGAAAAUCUUUCUCGCCUUGGGAAUUGCUCGAGGAAUGGCGUACGUGCAUGAAGUUGGAAUUUUUCACAGAGAUUUGACGAGUAAAAAUGUUCUUGUUCGAAGAACGCAUGACGGUUUGUGGGAAGCUGUCGUUGGAGAUUUCGGCCUAGCAGCGAAAAUUCCGAGAAAAAGCCAGAAAAGACUCGAUACCGUUGGGUCGCCAUAUUGGAUGAGUCCGGAGUGCCUAAAACGAGAAUGGUAUGAUGAGAGAAGUGACGUUUUCUCGUACGGAAUUAUCAUGUGCGAGUUGAUAGCGAGGAUUGAAGCUGAUCCAGAUAUCAUGCCGCGAACAAAUUCGUUUGGCCUGGAUUACAUGGGCUUCGUGGAUUUGUGUCCCAAUGACACGCCACCAACAUUUUUAAGACUGGUUUUCUACUGUUGCAUCUACGAUCCAAAGAGUCGUCCAACCUUCGUGGAAGUAGCGAAAAAGUUGAGUUUACUCCUCGACAAAAUUCAACACCCCUCCUCAGCACUUAGUGACGUCGAUCUCCAUGCAAGCAACUUGAGCAUUUCGGGCAACGGCAACAGUUCAUGUGCCACAAGCGGCACCAAUUCCGGUCAUAGUUCGGGCGGCAGUGACGGAAGCGACAACAGCGGCAGCAAAACGAGCACUUUUGUGAGCAAACGCAAGUCCAUCGACAGCAAUUUGAUGCGACAACAAAAGAACGGUGACAGCACCGAAUGUUUAAGACUGAAGAAUGGCCUCGCGCACGACGACAGCGGCCUCAACAAGCAUCGUCGCUCCUUGUCCGAAGACGUUAUCAUGUUUCCGCCACACACAACCCCGAGCGACAAGGCGCGUUGUCACAUGUUGGUUCGCACCGCAUCACGUCUCGCCACACCCGAAGCCUCCAUACCCGAACAACCCGUUACCUAUUCGAAUGUGACGCUGCAAAAAGUCGCCGAAACGAUGUUCCUUAAAGAUCCGCAGUACAAGCCGCGCAGCAAGGAUCUGCCGAGUGCCAAAUCGAAUCCGUUUACGGCUCUGGCGCAGUUGCGGGGCGUCAAAAAGAUCAUCGGAGCCAAUGCGUCGGCUUACAUGUCGCGAACGGGCGAUCUUUUUAGCUCGUGUUUCGAAAUGACGGCGCCUUUCCUCAAGGAACUCGGCAAAUUCGUCACAGACCCAAAAGCGGGCGACAAAGAAAAUGUCGACGCAAUGCCAAAAAGUCUUCCAAAUACGCCGCCAACUGCGCGAAAAGACUUUCGCAACGCCCAAUUGCCCGAAGAAACAACCCCAAAUACAGCAGAUCGGCACGAAUUUGUGCAGGAAUUGCGAAAACAACUCGGAACUGCAGCAGCGAGAAAGUACAAGGCGAACUUUAAUGAACUUUCUAGUCAUCCGCUUUACAAGAGUGGCAAAAUUGAGACUGAAAAUGGCGGUUUGACGACAUCAUCGCGCAAAAAUAGUGCAGCGAGCGAUCUACCAAAUGGCAAUUUGACAGAGAAUGUGACUGAAAAUGCGACGGAAAAGACGCAGAAUGGCGAUCCGUUGAUUUUGCCGGAAAUAAUGGAGUCGUCGAAGGUGUUGACGAGACGCGGAUCUGUCGAAAGUGGCUUUUUCUCGUGCUUGAAUGAAGAUUUUGGGGCAUCCGGUAGUAAAUUGAGAUGUUGUUGCACGGAUGUUCAACGACCUGAUUUGGGAUUGGAUACUUUUAAUGACGGUCCAAAAUCCUCCAAAAUGACGCUGUGCCAAUACUGCUUGAUGCCGAACAACGACCUGGACUUGUCCACAUUGACUCUAAAUGACGGCGUCACGCCCUUGGAUGACAGCAGCACAACCGUGAGCUCCCUUCGCUCGUUCGACGACCUAGAACUAGCUGAAUCGCGCAAACGCUUUCUUUGUCGCAACCACAUUUUGAGCAAUAUCGACAUCGAUGCGCGUUCCAUCGACAUGGGCCUCAUCCAACGCCUCCAACUCGACUCUGAGAUCAAAAAUUUGAUGCAACGAAGUCAAUUCCAGAACCAACUUUUGUACUGCAAAAACCGCACCUCGUCAAUUUACACGGACAGCAGCGACGACAUCAGCAGUCUCGCCGGCUCCGAUUCCCUGCUGUGGGACGAUCGCUCGUACACGACGAUCCCGAAUACGCGUUCCGCCCAAAUUGCCAAAAUUGUCGAGUAUUUCGAGCGGAAAAAUCAGGCGUUCAUGCCACUCCAAGUACCUGAGUACGUGAUGCGACACACGGCGAGCAGCAGCAGUGCCAGUUCGGGGCGUCUCACGUCGUCGCCGUCCACGGGAUCGAGUGCCUCGUCAACGGGCGGCGGUUUAUAUGCGACAAAUUCACCGACGCAAACACAUCGCCCGCCUCCGUUGGCCACGACGGGAACCCAUUUUCCCGAUUGCUACUUGGAUUACAGCAAUUUGAGUUCGGGACUGACGCGAAAAUACGCGGAUUUGAAAACGCGCGCCGAUUACGAGGCUUUCUGCUUGGAAUUGGAGAAGAAACCGCAUCAGCAGCGGAUUAUGGUGUGCGAAGGUGCGGUUAGAUCAAAGUUGCCGCUCUUCGAUAAGCAAAUGAAGCAACAAGCGGGACAACAAUCGCCCGUCGGGACACCCAAUGGCGUCGAAAAAACGCCCGCAUGAGCGCGAAAAAAAUGUAUUUAAAGGGAAAUUUACCAAAAUUAUUUUUUUAAUUGAAAUUUAUCAUAAAUAUUGUUAGUUUUUAUCACACAUUAGAUGAUUAUUGGGACAGUAAUGAAAUUAAAAGUAAAAAAUAUCGUAUUAGCGCAUCUAAAACUAUCAAAUAUUUUGACUUAAGGUUUAGAUAAGUUCCUAACUAACAACUUUUCACACGUUUUAAUCAUCAAAAAAAUUGAAGCUACCUCUACUUUUUUCAUCAAAUUCGAGAAAAUUAGCAUAAAUUCAGUAGAAAACGUCCAUUUAUUAAAAGAAUUUUUAAAAAAUGAAGUAAAAUUGAAGAAAAAAGAUAUAAAAAUUGUGUCAAAGAUAGAAAAAAUUGAAAAGGAAAUUAUUAAAUUUGUUCAGUAUCAUCCAUCCUUUUUAUUAAAAGAUCUUCCAAACUGAAUCCCACCAGCUUCCAAGAUUUUUCAUCCUGCCAAAUCAAAUAUCAAUCAUGAAAUUGUAAAUAAUUUAAACAAAAAAUCACUUUUUUCAUUCUACACUUUUAUUUUUGUUCCUUCUACUAAUAAUUAAAUUUGUUUAAAAAAUAAUUAAUUAAUUAUUAAAAAAAAUAUUCAUAAAAAAGUGCCCGAAAAUAAAAAAAAAAAUAUUAAGGGACAUGCCAAAUAAAUGAAAUUAAAAUAUAUUUUUUAAGAAUAUUUCAAAAAUUAAAAUAAAAUCUAUUUUUAAUUAAGUCCAAAAAUUAAAUA